CGGCGGUAAGAUGGCCGCGCUGCUCUCCGUGAUCCAGCUCUCCGAUGACUCGGUGGAGGCCGGGUAUGAGGACGGAUCCCGGCUCUGGCUGGCACCGUGCGGUACCGAGUUCGUGAUAGAAAGGUCCGAGGAUGGAGCUCACCCACUGCGGACACCGGAGAGGAGGAAACAGAGGACGGAGUUUGUAACAAGCUGCUGCCGGGUGAGAGACAGCCGGGGGGCGGGGGAGAGAGACAGCCGGGGGGUGAGAGAGACAGCAGGGGUGGGGUGAGAGACAGCAGGAGGGGUGAGAGACAGCAGGAGGGGGGUGAGAGACAGGGGGUGCUGCGAGAGACAGCUAGGGGUGCACUGUGAGAGACAGCCACGGUGGUGUGUCUCUUAUAGUUAUACUGUGAGACAGCCAGGGGGGAUCUCUUAUACAGAGAGGGGGAGGGAUCUCUUAUUCAGUGAAGGGUAGGAGAAAGGGGGGUCAUUUACACAGUGAGUGACAAGGAAGAGGUUCUUAUAUACAGAGAGGGGCAGGCGAGAGUGGUGAUCAAGAUCUAUAAUUUCCCUUUUUAAAUUCCCAUAGCUUUCAUAGAACAGAUUACAAAAUAUCACAAGUAUUUCAACAAAGCUAUAGUAAGUUUAGCCAGGACUAGACAGCUUUAACAUGCAAAAUGAAUGGACAUAAACUAUUUCUUAUGAGAGAGACAUUUUAGGAGAAUGUCCAAGUUACAGAAUGCAAAUACAUGAUAUAUUUAUUUUUUUAAUGCAUUUGAGCAAUGCAGACAAAUAUAAGCAUUUAUUCAUUAAAAAGAACCCUUCAGAACUUACUUUGGCAGUUAAGAUGAUCUGCCCCCUUAUUGACCAGCACAAUCUUCCAUGUUUGUUCUGGGCAAUUACCAAUCAAAUGCUUCUCCUUGAAAAAUAUUGUGGAUUCUGAGAACAUAAUAAUACUUGUUAUAAAAAAAAACAACAACAAAAAACACAUUUGGAAGAAACACAUUUUGGAAAUGGGCAUUGGUAAUUAUAUAUAUAUAUAUAUUAAAAAAUACUUGAUCUUUUACAAUGUAUUUGAGACAUUGAGCUAAUGUUGUUUUGGUGACUAUAGUGUCCCUUUCAAGCUGAUUAACUCAAUGUAUAUAAUUAGUUUAGCUUGUAUACUCCCUGUGUGAAAUGUAGCUGAUGACCUUUACAUUCCUCUGAUGUGUUGGUUUUCUGUAGUAUGUACUCGCUUACCUCCAGUGUUCUGAAUAUCUCACGGCUCGAAGCCCAUCUGAUUUACUGCAUUGAUUUUAGUUUCCAGGGUUUUGUUUACUUGCCUUACUGCAAAUAACUUUCUAAAAUAGUGCUGGAGAUAACACUAAUACUUGUAAACUUAUGUCAUUGGGUUUGCUCACUUAUUAGCUAUUUUAUAUUGAUGUAUAUGUAUCGCUAAUUGUAUGUCCAUUUACUAUCCCUAUUUUUUCUCCUUUUGUAGGAUAAAGUGCUCCAAAUACUGACCUUCCGCAACACUUUUUCCAGUCGUCCAUUUCUGCCAUUGAGUAUUGUACCCAAAGAGAAAACAGUUGUGAGUAAUCUGAAUGUACUGUCAAGAAUGCGCAACAGUAUUCAUUUUUUGGCUUAUGGAUUGUAUUCAAGCUGCUAUAAUAAUAUUAUAGGGUUAUUCGAGGUACUAUAACCACUUCAGAUUGCCAAAAUAGUUAUGAUGAAAGGACGGUGUGUGCAGCAUUUCAGCACGAAACACUGUUCAAAGAUCUUUAUAGUGUUCAUCACUAAUGUGAGAAGUGUCAGAAAUUCAAAGUGAAUUUCAUACUUAAAAUACCAUUUAUAGGCACCCAGACCACUUCAGCUUAAUGAAGUGGUCUGGGUGCCAGGUCCACCUAGGAUUAACCCUUUCUGCUGUAAAAAUAGCAGUCUCAGAGAAACUGCUAUGUUUACUUUAGGGUUAAUCCAACCUCUAGUGGCUGUCUAAUUGACAGCCGCUAGAGGCACUUCCGUGCUUCUCGUUGUGAUUUUCACAGUGAGAAGACGCCAGCGUCCAUAGGAAAGCAUUGAAAAUGCUUUCCUAUGGACUGACUACGCGCGCGGCUCUAUGCGCAUUCAGCUGAUGAUGGGGAAAGGAGGAGGAGAGUCUCCAGCACCGAGGGAGCCCGGUGCUGGAGAAAGGUAAGUGUUUAACCUCUUCCUCUCCAUCCAGCCUGACUGGAAUGGGACCCUGAGGGUGGGGGCACCCUCAGGGCACUAUAGUGCCAGGAAAACGAGUAUGUUUUCCUGGCACUAUAGUGGUCCUUUAAGGCCAACGUAACAGAAUUGGAAGAAUUUGUCCUACAGGGUACCUGUCCUGGCAUGUUUCAUUUACCUUAAAUGAAAUGCUCUUCCAUUUUCAUCUAUACAUUUUACUAGUCAAAUUGCUAGAAACUGUAAAAAUCACCAUUAAAUUUGCCCUCCCACUCUCUCCUGGCAGACUUACUGUCUGUCUGAGUACACGUCUACAGGCAUCAGCAUCAUCAGACAUGGCCAGGUCGCGGCAAACCUCCCAAACAUAAGCAGUACAAAAGACAUUGGUCACUUCCAUGAAGGUGGGCUAAUGGUGGAGCUGGAAUCACUUUAGUUAGUUCACCCUGUUAGUUUUUCAAACUCUGGUGUGGCCAAUCAGUUAGCUGGAAACUUUGUUUUCUUGCUGGCUCAAUUUCAUCCAACUUACACUUACAGCAUGAUUACACUGAACCCAUAGCUUCUACUAGUGAAGGAAGUGAAGGCUUCCUGUGCUGUGUGUGGCACUCACGCAUGUAUGUUUUAAUCCUAUGGUGCAACUACCUCUCCAGGAGCUGAAAUGCUUAUGGUGCCUCCAUUGUUAUUUAACAUAUAGGAAUUAAAGUCACAAGCUUUUCUUGGUAGUAAUAAGUUAUUCCUGACACAAGCAUGUCUGAGAAUCAUAGCCAGUACUGUUACCCUUUUUGUACAUAGUGCAGUCUAUAUAAUAAAACUGUUAGUAUUAUUCUUUACUCUUCCUCUAAGGAAGUAUUGACCCAACAUAUAUUAAGUUUUUAUUGUUAAUGUACAUAUUAUUUGUGCUUCCAGAGUCUGUUGUCUGAGAUUUCAGAAGUUGUGUGGCCUGAUUCUGAAGAUGAUGAUCACUGUAAAACUUAUGUUGCCUGUCUUGAGGAUGGCGGUGUAAAGGUCUCUUCUCUAGAUGGCAAUGCCCAUUUAUACAUGUCUGCUCUGCAAAAAGAAUUCACUGUGGAGUUUUUGUGCCAGCUAAGCAGCAAGGUCGAAGUGUCAAUUCAUGCCUCCGAAAGCCAUGUGGAGGGCAUUACCAAAGAUCUGAAAAACCGGCAUUUAAGUCAACAAACUGAUAGCACAAGGGACUCAGAAAGGGAAGCAAAUAUUGCCAACACUAAUACAUGCAUUACCACAUCUAAGUAUUCUUCUUGUGUUAUACGAGAGAGAGAAGAUUCUGGUUUCUAUUGUACAAAGCAUGCAUUCCAAUACACGUGGCUGGCCCAGUGCUUUUCGGUUGCAUGUUGUCCAGAAGCAUUCCUUUAUCCCAUGUCCUUGGCACUCCAUGUUCAAAAUAAAAUGUCUCCAGACGAAGAAAGACUUGAUUGUUUAGAUGAUGAACUUGAGAAAAACUUGAAAAGGGCAAAGUCUUCUGUAUUGCCAAAAGCCCUUCCACUGAGCUGCCGGGGAACCCAUUUACACAGGUAAAAUUAUAUUGGUACGUGCACUAACUAUAUGUUUCAUCUUUUACUUAAAAGGUAACUUCAAACAUUAUAACCACUACAUCCUGCUGUAGUGAAUAUGAUGCCAGGGGUAUUCUGGGUCUGUUUCCCAGCAAUAGGGCAAACUGUUUGCCAAUUUUUGCCCUCAUUGACUCGUCUUAUUUUUUUCCUCUUCUUAUCCUACACACCCAGAUGGAACGUCUGUGAUUUCAGAAAACAACCUUCGUGCUUGUUUCCAUUGAAAGUGGCUAUGUGCAACACCAUCCUUUACAGGUAGGAUAUGAAAUACACAAUGGUUACAUAAAAUGUACAUCCAGUUAUAAUUAUUUUAUGCAACUCAUUUUUCAUUAAGGAACUCCUUUCAGCUGAAAUUUAUGGAAUGUAAGAGAGCCUGUAAAAUUAAAAAAACCUUUCAAAAUAACCACUACAACUUAUUGCAAUGGCUGUAAGUGUUCAUACUGUUUUAUUUAAAAAGAGGGCAGGGCUUCUGGUACUUAUUGUUCCUUUUAACCUUGCAUUAAUCAGUAUUCCGAAAUAAAAAUGGUAUCUGAGCGCUCCAAAUAUAAGUAAUGACAACUAAAACACUGUACCCCAAUACAGCAGUUAUAAAGGGAAGCAACACGGCAAGGAUAGUGUAUGAGUCUGGGUAUUGUUUUUAACUCCUAUCAUUGUUUUAUAUGUGCACAUUUUUUCCAGUGGCCAUUCCAUCAGUGUAAGGGGCCCCACACUGUGUUUAUUUUUUAGACAUCUGCUCUGGGCAUUUGUUGCUUUUUUAUUUAGGCGAUAUAUUUUAUUGUUGUAAUAUUGAUUUGAUGUUAUUAUUCACUUUCAUGUUCAAUAAAUGAUGUUUUAUAUAUUUGGCACAUAACAAUAUUGAUACUUACUAAUUUAUAUUAACCCUGUGUUGCUACCAGAUCUAGUUUUGCUUCCCUUUAUAACUGCUGUAUUGUGGUACAGUGUUUUAGUGGUCAUUACUUUAUAUUUGGAGCGCUCACAUACCACUUUUAUAUUUUUUACAAUUCUGAUUAAGUCGCUCCUCUGUAUGUGAUGCAGCCCGCUUUUUGAUGAUUAAUAUUUUUAUUAUUCUCUUAAUCAGUUACCUUGUAUUGGUUUUGGUAUUGAUCAGUAUUCCGAUCAGAGCUAAUAAUAUUAGCAGAUCUGGUAAUACAUUACGAAUUGAAAGUAAAAAUAUAAGAUGGUACCAUAAUCACUAUUUAUUUUUCAGAUUCUUUUUUCAAGGAAUGCAUUUCAUUGAAAUCUACCCAGGCGAUGGAUCGGUUUUCAUCUCAGAAGGACGUUGGCUGGGGAAAUAUUUCCAGUACUACUUUCUUAAUGGAAAAAUAAGACCGGUAAAAUCUCUAAAACAUAUUUUUUGAAGAUGUGGUAUUAUUUGUGAAGCUCCAUUAUCUGGUGAUUGCACAGAAUCCAGCCACAUGGUCCUAUUACACAAGAGUUUAAACUAAAUUCCUGCAAUUGAGUAACAGCUCUCCAAAAUCUGCUAUUCAAUUAACAGGCCGAUCUCUCAUUAUAGAAUCGAGUCCCUAUUUUAGAGAGCUGGAGACAUCUUACCUACUGUAUUUGUCGUUUCCUACUGGCUUUUACAGUUUCUUUGCAGCUUUGCCUAUCGCCUCUUAAAGAAAUGCGUAUUUUUUUUUUUUGUUUUUUUUUUUUAACUAUGCCACUGGUGUUGAUGUAUUUUCAUGUUCCAAUUUCCAAAAAUUAUACAUUUAACACUUUUUAAGCUAUUGAUCCCAACAGUCAUUACAUCUAGAACUUUUAUUUUUUAAUAGAAAGAAAAGAGUGUGUUUUUAAUUUAAAACCCAAUUUGUAAUGAUCUUGAUGCAAGUGAAUAUUCAAUCUUCUUUAACACAAUUUGUAUGAACUGUAUUAAACAUGGCUAUUCACUAAACUUUCUAUUUUAGAGAAUUAAAGUGGCACAGUCAAGUUUAGGGUUUUUGCCUUUAUUUGGUUCUUGUAGGCCUCAUUAUCCCAAGCAGCACAGAGAGGAUAACUAUUAAAACUAGUUUAAUGUUAAAUGGAAGGAUAGCGCCAGGGAUCUCCAGACACUAUAACCAUUUCAAUGAGAUGAAGCAGUUACAUUGCCUAUAGAGUCCCUUUAAGCUGUCCUUCCUUGUGCCUUCAUCACUACUGUACUUUCCUAUUGAGUGGUGUCUCCAGAGAAUCCUUUGAUAAAAUCCACAGAUAACUUGGCACAUGCGCAGUAACGUGUCAUAGGAAUCUAUGGCACUUUGUAGACAAUUACAAUCCCAACAGCUGUCACAAUCAAUGGGAAAUGGUGGAGGAAGCAUUGCCUUUUGCUGAAGAUUGGCAAUUACAUGAGACAAUGUAGUCCCUACUUUAUCUCAUGUAUAUAUUUUGAUUGAUUGUGUUGAAAUGUCUUUACAUUUUCAAAAAUUUUCUAUCUAUAUGAAAAACUUGUAGAGUUGCUCUACAUACGUGGCAAAAUGCAUGCAAAAAUAGAAGACUUGAUACUGCUUACUUCCUAAUGACAGAGCCACGACUAUGCAUCUAAUCAAAAACCCACAGUACGACUUAUGUACCUCUUACACUAUAAUGUCUGAAUGUGGAUAACUAUCUAUAUGUUUCGUAUGUUUUUGAUAUGCAUACCACACGUCUGCCUGUGGCAAAAACAAAGAAUUUAAAAUAAAUAAGAAGAUUUGGAAAAAUUCCAUCUCAGCUGAAGUCACAUAAAUUAGACAAAUUUAAUUUGCUAAAGUUCAAGGUUUUGUAUUUAACCAUAUAACAUACAUAUGAAUGAAAUGCCUUUCAGUUUCUUUGCAUUUUAUUAAAACCAGUGAAUAAAAAUUACUCCCACAGAUCCUAAAACAGCUUUCUUUAUCAAUUUAAAUCUUAUUUGCAGCAGUUUAUUUUAGAAGUGUUAGUCAACAUUGCUAAUUAAUGUGUUUCUCGUGUAAACCUUUAUUUCAGUCUGAUGCUAUUUAGGUACCACUUUAUGCAGUGUUGUGUCACAUUGGGAAAUACAAUUACAUAGUUACAUAGCUGAAAAGAGACUUGCAUCCAUCAAGUUCAGCCUUCCUCACAUAUGUUUUUACUGUUGAUCCAAAAGAAGUUAUUUUGUGAGUUAUUUUACCAUAAUUUGUAUAAGUAAUAUUUUUAUUUGGAAUUCUAGAAAGAACACCGGUUAUACACUACAAGCAACCUCCCUCCAGACAUGCCUAGAGCACUAUAUUCUGUGCGUUCUGUGAUCGAGCAGGCUGGAAGGUGACUAAUAAUUAUUUGGUCUUUAUUUUGGUCCCACAUCUGCCUUUUCAAUCCUUUCUUUAAACUAAGCAGAGUAUUUACACAAAACCUAUCCAUUUACAUAGAAUUACCUUAAAGAAUUCAUCAUUUUAUCGUCAACGUUUUGAGUUAUACGUUGGUGAACUUACAACUAUACAAAUUACUGAGAGAUUGCCAGCAGCAUCAGCAGGACUAGGCAAACAUCAUGCUUUAGAAUAAAUAUGCAAGAUCAAGGUUGGGUAACAGCUGGACUGAAGUGUUUUGGGGUGGGUGGAAUAUAUGGUUUUCAGGAGGAAAUGAGAAUUUCUGGCUUGAGCAACACUGAAUGGGAGGUUUUCCAAGAGUAUGUUUGAGUGAAAUCAUUUUUGGUUUAGUAUAUCACUAUAGAGUAAGUGGGCAAAAAGACUUCUGAUACAUAUCAGAGGCCAUAAGGCAGAUUUUCAGCAAAGUGUAUGCUACAUGCAUUCUAUAAACAUAUUUAUAUGUGCACAAAUGUGAUGGGUCUCUGCAUUAGUGCCACUAACUUUUGUCAUAACCGAAAUCGUUUGAGUUCUGAAGUCCAUUGUGAUGAGACUGUUGUACUUUGUAGUUAUUUUUGUUUGUUUCUUUGUAGGUUUCUGAAGAUGUGUCACAAUACAAUGCUUUCCCAAAGUCCUCUUUUUGAAUCAUGUUGUUGGAGAGAUGUAAGUUGAAUUAUCAGUAAAGGCUACACAACAUUUAUUGUUAGUAAGGAUCUAUACUCUCAUUUCUGCUAAGGGAGAGAUAAAAUCUGUACAAAUCAAUAGAACCGUGGUGUAUACUUUAUUACCGUAUUAAAUAGUAAGCGGCAUCUACCAUGGCGCAUUAUUUCCAUAUUUAGAGAUGUCAUGUUACUACUCAGCUGUGUCUGUGUGUUCCCCCUGUUCACUGGCUAUAUGAGUUGCCAUAUCUAAUACAGUUUCAUUCAGAUACAUGGUCUGACUCGUUCCUGUGUAUUUUCUUGCGUGCGAUUCGAGGUUUCUUUUCAUGGCAGCCACUUAUGUAAGCACUCUCUGUCUGAGCAAUUACCUGAAACUAAGUAAGAACAGAUUACAGAAAGAUCCGACAUUCUCCCAGCCUGCAGUACAUUAUACGGAGCUGCCCCUCUUUACCAGGUAUCAAUAAAGACUAGGCAGGGGAAGAUAUUUGGGGACAGACUUCCUGUGUAUGAAGACAGGCGCUUACCUCCCCUUCGACCGCCGGGUCAUUUUUCCUAGACCUGUUUUAUCCAUAUCUGUCUACAUCCUGCUACUAGAAUUGAACAUUGUUAGUUUUUGUAUGUUUGACUAUGGGUUGCUAAAGUAUGGUGGUUGAGAGUGUUUGUUUGUUUAUUUAUUUUUUUCUUUAUUCCAGGAGUCCAGUUCUAAUGCCCAAACUGUAUUCCCAGUGCUAUUGGCUAAAGCUACUGUCCCAGACAAAGGAACCUAUACAGUUUAUUCUGAUAAUACCGUGCUUGCACAUUUUUUGGAUGGAGUAUAUCUUCACAUGACCUGGAAUUUUAAUCACUUUAAUAAGCAAGAACAGGUAAAAAAAAAUUAUUAUUUUUUUAAAUUUAUUUAAAAGAAAUUAACAAUAAUCUGUAGUCCGACCACUGAGCUGCAGUCUAUAGCAGGUCUAUAAUGAUAUUCUGUAGAGUGCUGGGGUGGAGGCAAUGAACUGUUUAAUUUCCAAUGAAAUAGCAUUCAAUUCUGAAAUCAAUACUCCCAAUUAUUAAGGUAACGUAUCUGAAAAAGUACAUCUCUGUGGCCCCUAUUUUGCUUUGCAAAAUUCCUGGUUUUUAAAGACUUUUGCUAAUUCAUUAACAGCUUUUAUUUUUUUUUUAUGCUGUCAUGUUGCACAGUGCAUUUGAAAAAUAUUUAAUAUCAGAUUCUGUAGCUUGGCAGCAGCUGUUCGUAUUGCUUGGUAUUUUGUGUUUGUUUUGAUUUGUCAAAUCAGGCUGUACCUCCAGGUUGUUUUGUUUUGUGUGGGUGUUUUUUUUUUUUUGUUUUUUUUUUUUAAGACCGUCAAGGCUAAAUUCAUCUGGUAG